UUUCAGUGUGUGGUUUUAUUUUCUGCUGUUUGUUAACGCAGCGUCGGCAGCUGAGACUGAAAGAUGCCUCUUGUCGUGGCAUCGUUCUGUUUUGCACAUUUGCGUCACAGUGUACAAGUCCUGCAUCAUUAGGCUUUGUUGAGCACUGGAAAGUUUUUUAUACGCCCGCCAUGAAGAGGACCGUGGUUUCGUUUCAGUACGGAGAAGCAAAAUAUUUUGAGUCUUCAUGUGGCGGAAUCUUGGCGUUUCUGUGUGUUGUUUUAAAUAAUAUUAUCGUUCUGCUCAUCGUCUAAGGCCGAAAAACUCGAAAUGAAACACCUAGUUUUUUCCUAAUCCGUUUUCCCGCCGGUAUAGAGACGCUGAAAUUGAGCGAGUAUAUCAACUUGCUAGUUUUUGAUAUGGCAGCUGUGGAUACCCGGUUAGGUUUUAUUGAAGCUCCGUGGCCAUCAUGGAAUACGCCUUGCCUAUCGCGUAAUCCUGAGCAUACCGGAAAAUUACCAGCUUGGAUAAAUAAAAUUAUUUCUGCAUGGAGAUCUAAAGGGGACAAAACCGAACAAUUGCAACCGGCGCCUAAAGAUCCUGCCCAGCAUGAAGCUUUAUUACGGAGGGGAUCCGUGUUAUCUAUGCUGUCAACGAAAUCUGGAGCGGAGAUUAAUAAUUACACCGCCAAGUAUUUCGGGAAUGCUGCGGAUGCAGUAACCUCGGAUCGGAUUAACCGAAAUGCGGACGAUAUAACGCAAAAUAUUCAAAUUGCUGGAACCCUAAGCAAACAGGUACAGCUGCUGGUACGUAAUACCAUUCAGACCGGCUGCACACCCAUUGUGUUUGCCACCGGCCGAAUUCCCGCACUGGGCAGCAUUGCCGGACACGGAAUGGCCGCAUCCGAUAUGGGUAUUCUGGACGUCGGUGACGCGUCAUCCGUAUGCCUAGUUUACUUGGAUUUAUUUGCCAAUAUGGACUCAGACAUUCUGGACUAUACGCAAUAUUCAACACGCUGUCCGGCUGCGUUUUUACUAAAAGAGUCAUUUGGGAACAUUCCGAAAAAAUUCCCCGGAUUUGAAUGGUUGCGACCUUGGUUAGGAUUUCGCCGAGUGGCGGUAAUCGGAUUGCAAAAGCCGUCAGAAUCUGAGAUAGCGUUCUUGGAGAGUAAAAAAAUUCACUACUGUACAUGUGAUGACCUGGCCAGUCGUGGAGCAGUUGAUACUAUUAAAACGGCGUUGAAUGCCAUUAAUCCGCGAAAUGAUCUGCCCAUCCAUCUGUCAAUCAAUGCAUUUGCAGUGGAUUUUGCACUGGAAGCUCGCGUAUGGCCCGAAGGUCACCGGAAGAUACUCGCAGUGGAAGCUUUGGAUAUUGUAAAAAUUAUUGUAAAAACUGGUAUGCUCGGAGCGCUGGAUAUUUUGGAAGUGGAGCAACUACCCAUUGAAGAUCAAGAAAAUGCCGCCUCCGUAUUCAAUGAAAUUCUUCAGCGUGUUGCAGUACAAACAAGGAUACCCUAUCCACCGCGUCUACCAGCACCGGAAGCACUAUCUGCAGACUUUUGAACUAUGUUUUUUUGUGAAAUUCGGCAAGUUGGAUAACAUGCCACAACAUCUAUCGUUGCGUACAUCUAUCGUACUGCAUUUUACUCGUAUAAUACUGAGGAGACAUCUGCCUGAAAGAAUCAACUGUGUAUUGUAUUUUACGACUUUGAAGAAGAUUCAAGUCGUAAUUCUUUAAUAAUGAAUAUCACCUUGUCGCCUCGUCGUAGGAAACGUAAAAGUAUGGUAAUGCCACGCUGUUUUA